AUCACCCCGGAGCAGUUCGCGCAGCUCCUGCGGGACAAUAACGUGACGCGGGAGCAGUUCAUCGCCCUCUACGGGCUGCAGCCGCUGGUGUACAUCCCGGAGCUGCCGGGGCGCACCAAGGUGGCCUUCGUCCUUAUCUGCGUGCUCAUCUUCGCCCUGGCGCUCUUCGGCAACUGCCUGGUGCUCUACGUGGUGACCCGCAGCAAAGCCAUGAGGACCGUCACCAACAUCUUCAUCUGCUCCCUGGCGCUCAGCGACCUCCUCAUCGCCUUCUUCUGCGUCCCCUUCACCAUGCCCCGGGGCGCCCGCGCGCUGUGGAUUGCAGGUGCCUUCGCUUGCAAGAUGGUACCAUUUGUUCAAUCCACUGCUAUUGUAACUGAGAUUCUUACAAUGACCUGCAUUGCUGUGGAAAGACACCAGGGAAUUGUGCAUCCACUAAAAAUGAAAUGGCAGUACACCAAUAAAAGAGCUUUCACGAUGCUUGGCAUAGUCUGGUUGCUGGCUGUUAUUGUUGGGUCACCUAUGUGGCAUGUGCAACGGCUUGAGGUUAAAUAUGACUUUCUGUAUGAAAAAGUGUAUGUUUGUUGCUUGGAAGAAUGGGCCAGUCCAAUUUAUCAGAAGAUAUAUACGACCUUUAUUCUUGUUAUACUCUUCCUUCUUCCACUGAUGUUGAUGCUUUUUUUGUACACUAAAAUUGGCUAUGAACUCUGGAUUAAGAAACGAGUGGGAGAUGCUUCAGUUCUUCAAGCCAUUCAUGGGAGUGAAAUGUCUAAAAUAUCAAGGAAGAAGAAGCGAGCAAUUGUUAUGAUGGUGACAGUGGUGUUUCUCUUUGCAGUCUGUUGGGCCCCUUUCCAUGUGAUUCACAUGAUGAUAGAAUACAGUAAUUUUGAAAAGGAGUAUGAUGAUGUGACAGUCAAAAUGAUCUUUGCAAUUGUCCAGAUUAUAGGAUUCUUCAAUUCGAUUUGCAACCCUAUUGUGUAUGCUUUCAUGAAUGAAAACUUUAAGAAAAAUUUUUUGUCUGCCAUCUGCUUCUGCAUUGUCAAAGAAAACGUAUCACCAACCAGACAACUUGGGAACUCGGGGAUUACUAUGAGGCGGCAAAAGGCAAGUGUUUCUCAAAGAGAUCCCAUUGACUCCGACGAAGGCAGGAGGGAGGCAUUCAGCGAUGGCAACAUUGAAGUCAAGUUCUGCGAUCAGCCAGCUUCAAAAAGGAAUUUGAAAAGGCACCUUGCCUUAUUCAGCUCUGAGCUUACUGUGCAUUCUGCAUUAGGAAAUGGACAGUAG